AUGGCAAGCCGACGUUUGGUGGUUUCUUGCAUCACAAUAAUCAACAGUGGCGAAAGUGCUACUUUGAGUGAGGAGCCGGCUUUUAGUGAGGGCAUCAGUGAGACAACUACAGACCUUGGCAGCUCAAUACCGAAACGAAGCAAAUGGAUUGAUCGACGAAAGCCAACCGACUACAUUCUAUGCAGUCUCAACUGGCGAUCAAAGAAGCCAUCUCAGUGCCGUAGUGAGGCCUGGUGA